AUGCGAAUUGAACAAUGCAAUCACUUGGUUGAACCGACUCGCACAUAUCCACUAUUAUUCAAUUAUAAUAUAAAUCCACAAUUGGAUAAUAAUCAAAUACCAUAUCCACAACAAUUCGGAAUAAGUUUACAAUCACCAAAUCACUCAUGUUCAGAUACAUACCAAAAAAAUUCACAAUCUCAAUCGCAUCAAUCACAUUCACACCAUCGACAGCAACCACAAAAAGACCAACCAACUGCUCCGAUUCAACGCCAUCAACAAAGAAAAACACAAAAGCGAACACACGCUUUGGCCGCAUGCAAUUCGUGUCGUAGAUUACAUCUAAGGUGUAAAAAGAAAGAGGACUCUGCUUUUUGCAAUAGGUGUAUUGAAACGAGAAGGGAAGAGUCGUGUAUUUUUGAAAUUCCCAAAAAACGAGGCCGCAAAUAUGGUAGCAAGAACAGACCAAAGAAAUAUGAAACAGAAAACCGCGACACCAACGCUGCUGAUGAUACUGUCGAUGAUACUAAACCAUGUUGUCAUAAUAACAACUCUUAUAUGGAGUGGAUUAAUUUAUUAAAAACCCGCAAUGUGUGA